AUGAUGAAUAAACAGAAAGGAAAAACUAAAAAACGAAUAAACCUAAGCGUAUUGGAAAACAAGAUAAAUAUUUUGAAUUAUAUGAAAAAUGAUUUUGAAAAAAUAUUAAACAAAGAAAAGGAUGUAUUUUCUACAACAUUUUCAAGCCAUGCAAACAUAGAAGAAAAGACAUAUGAACAAAAAGAAAAUAUAGAUUUAAUUUUAACAGAAUUAAUGAUAUCAUGUGAAGAAAAAAGACGAGUUUUAAAUAAUUACAUAGAUGUUGUUAAUGAUAUAAAUCAAAAAAAUAAUGAUAUACUUGAAAAAGAAAAAAAGGAAAUGGAAGAAUUAAUUUUAGAAAAAAAUAAACAAAUAUUUUUCAUUGAGCAAAAAAUUGAAUUAACUAAAAAAUAUUCCAAGGAAAUAAAUAAUGCAAUUAUAGAUAUUUUUAAUAAUUUUAAUUUAUUUCUAAAAAAUAAAAUGAAUUUCGAUUUAAACAUAGAAGAAUUUAAUAAAACCAAAAUAAUGCAAAUCGACGAAGGUUGUCCAAGAAUACCAAUUGAUACUGUAAAGGAAAAUGAAAAUGCUUCAGACAAUCCAGAAAAACAUAAUAAACAAAAUGAAACCACAAAUGAUUAUACUCAGAAAUUAUAUAAUUCCAUAGAUGAAUACAAUAAACAAAUAAGUAAAAUUAAACUUUUUCUAAAUGAAAAUGAAUAUACUAAAAAAACAACGUUCUUAUCAGAUGAAACACAAACAUACAUAAGCACAUUUAAAGCUAUAGCAGAAAAUAUCGAUGUUAAUAAAUGUGAUUGUGACGAGAUGAUUAAAAAUGCGAAUACAUUGGAUGAUACCAUGGAAAUUUAUCAUAAUAUUUCUAAUGCUGAUGAUAAUUUGAUAAAAUAUCAAAACACUUUCUUAAAUGAUGAUGAGAAAACAUCUGAUGGUCAUAUUAUUAAAAAUGUUAAUACAAAUUAUAAUUCUACUACCGACGAUGAUAUCACAAAAACGGAAAACAUUUCUGAGGACAGUGAAGAGGAAGUGGACUUAGAAGGGCUUGAUUCAGAGGUGUUCGAAGAAACGAGGGAAGUGGAGGAAAAUGAUGAACUAGACAAAGAUAGCGAAACAGAGGAUGACGGGGAUCAACUGAGCAAUUGUAGUAAAUAUAUCACGGAUAGUGAAAAUAUAUCAGAGAAAUAUAAAACAAGUAAUGAAUCAGAAUAUAGUUCUUUUUAUAGACAUAAAAAAGAAGAUGGUGCUUCAAGCGAUGAAUCAAAAAAAAUAAAUGAUUGUGAACAUAUAGAUUAUAAAGAAAAUAGUUAUUAUAAAAAAAAUAGCACAAUUUCAAUAUUAAAUAAUGAAGAAAUAAUUACAAAAACGUUUACCUCAGAGCCCUAUAAAAAAAUAAUAAGUGAUGGUAUGAAUAAUAUUAUAAAAGAUUUAAACAAAAUAGAUUAUGACUAUAUAUCCUAUUUUGAGAACAAAUUAAAAAAUGAUUAA